AUGCGAAAAGAUUAUUUAAUCUAUCCUUCUAUGAUUAAAGCUCAAUCAGGAAUUAUAUGGUCGUAUGAAAAUUCAACUGAUAUAUCUAUUUUUGAUGAUACUCAUCCACUUUACAUAUCAUCUAAUAAAUGUAAUAGUUCAUCAUUUUGUCUUUGGUAUAUAUCACCAUUAUGGCAAUUUAAUGAUGUUGAUCAUAGACAAUAUGCAUUUAUGGGUGAAUUAAAUAAAUGGACUUCUGUUAGUCGACAACGAAUUAAUUCAAUAGAUAUUAAUUUCGAUCAAAGUCAAACAGCAAUUACUAUUAAAGGAUCACCUGGUGAAAUAAUUCCAUUAACUGUAUAUCAUACUGCAUUUGGUAUUCGUUCAUUACCAUGCUAUAUUUCACCUCCUACUGGUCAAGCACUUAUGGUAAUUCAAUCGUUUCAUAUUUCUUGUACGGAAAUAAAUUAA